AUGCAGCUUGCCAGAAGACUUGCCAAAAAACUACCUUUCCUGCGUCACAAGCCUACGCGAAAUCCAUAUGAAUUGACUCUGUUUUCUGUAGACGACACUGACGACACGAGCCAGCACGAUGCUGUCUUUAUCAUCGACGAUUCAGGUUCCAUUCCUUCCGAUGAUUUCAACAAGGGCUUGAAAGCAUUAAGGACUAUGAUCGAAGGAGCGCAGUCAGAGCAUCCAGGCUCAAAAUUCGCCGCCAUAAAGUUCUCCGAUCAGGCCACGCUUUUGUUUAACUUCAUCUCACCAGAUCAGGCAAAAAAGAAAUUGUUGAAUGUCGUACACAGCGGUGGCUUAACAAACACUCAAGACGCCCUUAAAAUGGCUAGAAGAGAUCUUUUCCUAAACCCAGCAGCCUCGGGGCACAGGCCUCUCGCUACUAGAUUGGCGAUCGUCAUAACCGAUGGCGGUUCGAACAUCCAGUCGGAUCAGACCGUAGAACAAGCGAAGCUGCUGAAAAAUAUUCGAACAGAAGUUCUGGUCUUAGCUGUGGGAAAUUUUGGAGCGUCAGGGCGCAAGGAAAUAAACAGCAUAGCCAGUGACCCUCCGAAGGAAAACGUAUUUUAUCUUCACAACUUUCCAUAUAUGUUAGCCGUCGUAGAAAUGGCUGUUAAAAUCUCAAAAUAG